AUGGCGAGGUUCCAGUUGGUCCGCUUCAAAGUGAGCUGGACAGCACUUUUGGCUCUGGCCCACUUCACAUACCUGCUGGUUGGGGCAACAAUCUUCCAGAUACUGGAGCGACAGGCUGAGAGCAACAACCGCAACCACUUCCAACUGGAGAAGCUAAAUUUCUUGGCUAAUUAUACCUGCCUAGACGGACCAGCCUUGGAGAAGUUUGUUCAGGUGAUUUUGGAUGCCUGGGAAAAGGGAGUGAAUCCCUCAGGCAACUCAACAAACCCCAGUAAUUGGGAUUUUAGUAGCUCCUUCUUUUUUGCAGGCACAGUAGUCACAACAAUAGGUUAUGGCAACCUGUCCCCCAGCACUGUGUCUGGUCAGGUGUUUUGUGUGUUUUACGCACUCUGUGGGAUCCCACUGAAUCUAGCCUUCCUCAAACAGCUUGGGAAGUGUCUCACCAUCCACCUGGGUCGACUCAAGAGGGGAAUGGUCUCAGUAGUUCCACACAAGCAAACAGUGGAGGCUCUGGCCGUGAGUUUUUUCUUCAUCAGUGGCAGCCUGCUGUUUUUGAUCAUCCCUCCUCUGCUGUUCAGUUAUGUGGAAGGCUGGACGUUUGGCGAGGGCUUCUAUUUUGCCUUCAUUACACUCAGCACCAUUGGUUUUGGAGAUUAUGUGGUGGGAACGGACCCAGGCAAGGAGUACAUCUCUCUGUACCGUAGUCUUGCAGGCAUAUGGAUCAUUUUUGCCCUCGCUUGGCUUGCUCUUAUCCUCAACAUGGGAGCCAGAAUAAUGGAGCAUGUAGUUGUCCUGACUCACCCAGGCUUUAAGAAACAAGAGGAGGAUGAGGACGUGUCAUCCAGUACACUAGAAGACACAUCAAAGAUCUAA